AGACCGUGGCCGUGAAGCAGAUGUAUGUUGAAGAUGCUCGAGUGUUAGAUGACAAGAGCAAGAAGGCCUUUCUGUCAGAGGUCAAGAUAUGGGCCCGACUAGCACAUCCACAUACAUUGCGACUCUUUGGAGCUUGCCUCGAUACUUCCCGGCCAUUCAUGGUCAGCGAAUACUGCAAGUUUGGAAAUAUCUGCGAGUAUCUCGCCCGUAUUUCGAGCCCUCCCAGGUCACUUCUCGUGCGCAUGGUUGAUGACGUAGCAUCUGGCAUGGCGUACCUACAUCGGAAUAGGAUCAUUCAUGGCGACUUGAAGGGCGCGAACAUCCUGGUAUCCAACGACCAUAGAGCUUUGCUUGCCGAUUUCGGAAUCUCGAAAGUACUUGACGAGGAUUUCACGACUCGGAGCCAUCAAUCACGCACAGGAUCUUUGCGCGGUACUUUACGAUGGAUGGCGCCGGAGUGUCUCUACGGUGACUCGCGAGUGACGAUGGCUUCAGAUAUAUAUAGUUUCGCCAUGACGGCCUGGGAGAUAUAUAGUGGUCAAGUCCCGUUCGCGGAUAUAAGUGAGCGCGUCUUGGCCAUUGCGGUAGUCGAGCAGAAGCGCAGACCGAAAUGUCCUGCAAGGCUCACGGGCCAGGGUUCGAUCUGGACUCUCAUCCAAUCUUGCUGGGAUGCACGCCCGUCGGUGAGACCGGACUUCGAAAAUAUACGGAUAGUCACUAAACGUCUAUCAUCAAAUAAAUCUGGUGAGUACGUCGGUGCCAAGAACAUUCAUUUGGGUAUUAAUUCCUGCUAA